GCUCAGCGCUCAGCCUCGGCGGAGUGCAACACCUCCGCCCCUGCAGCCGCGUUUGGGGCUCGGGACCCCGGCGGUAGAAGCUGAGAUGUGAUCCCUCCAAUUGCCCGUUGCCCUGUCUGGCAUCCUGCCUGCUUCUCCCACUACCUCUCCCACUCCACGGCCCCACUGGACUGCCAGCGUUUGUCUCGAUCUCCGGGGAGAGAGGAGCGGCGACCAGGCGCACAGCCCCGCAGAAGUUGAGCUCGGCAGGGCAGCUGCGAUCCCGCUGAGCGAGAGGAGUGGGCUAGGGCAAGGGGAGAGGAAAGCGCGGUAAAGGGGUCUGGGUCUGGGCUAAGAGGGACUGGAAGAUAGGAGCUUGAGUUGGCUUUUCCCGCUCCCCAGGCCUCGGGGCGCGGGGCAGGGGGAGAAAUGCUGAGCCCGCGCCCAGGCGACCGCCGCCAAGGCAGCAGCCUCAGCAGCAGUUUCAGCAUCAGCACCGGCGGGACAGCGACAGCGGGGGCGGCGCAGGCGCACUGUGCCCCGCGGAGCCUGCAGUUCCCGAGCCCCGUGUGCGGCACCGCCACUGUCUGGGCAGCCGCGGCCGGGGGAGCGCUACUACCAUGAACUGCCUGGUCCUUCUCGCCAGAGCUGCUCAUCCGGGUCGGGCUGGAGACACAGUCAGGGGACCCCGUCGCCGCCGCCGCGCCCCCUCUUCUUUUGGCUCCAUCUUCUCCACCUUUUCCUCCAGUUCCUCCACCUUCUCUUCCUGCAUCCCCCCCUCCCCCGCCGCGGAUCCUGGCCGCCGCUCUCCAGACCCAGGAUGCCGGGGGGCAAGAGAGGGCUGGUGGCACCGCAGAACACAUUUUUGGAGAACAUCGUCAGGCGCUCCAGUGAAUCGAGUUUCUUACUGGGAAAUGCCCAGAUUGUAGAUUGGCCUGUAGUUUAUAGUAAUGACGGUUUUUGCAAACUCUCUGGGUAUCAUCGAGCUGACGUCAUGCAGAAAAGCAGCACUUGCAGUUUUAUGUAUGGGGAAUUGACUGACAAGAAGACCAUUGAGAAAGUUAGGCAGACUUUUGACAACUACGAGUCAAACUGCUUUGAAGUUCUUCUGUAUAAGAAAAACAGAACCCCUGUUUGGUUUUAUAUGCAAAUUGCACCAAUAAGAAAUGAGCAUGAAAAAGUGGUCUUGUUCCUAUGCACUUUCAAGGAUAUCACGUUGUUCAAGCAGCCAAUAGAGGAUGAUUCAACAAAAGGUUGGACAAAAUUUGCCAGAUUGACACGGGCUUUGACAAAUAGUCGAAGUGUUUUGCAGCAGCUCACACCAAUGAAUAAAACAGAGGUGGUCCACAAACAUUCAAGAUUAGCUGAAGUUCUUCAGCUGGGAUCAGAUAUCCUUCCUCAGUAUAAACAAGAAGCGCCAAAGACGCCACCACAUAUUAUUUUACACUAUUGUGCUUUUAAAACUACUUGGGAUUGGGUGAUUUUAAUUCUUACCUUCUACACCGCCAUUAUGGUUCCUUAUAACGUUUCCUUCAAAACGAAGCAGAACAACAUAGCCUGGUUGGUGUUGGACAGUGUAGUGGACGUUAUUUUUCUGGUUGACAUUGUUUUAAAUUUUCACACGACCUUCGUGGGACCUGGUGGAGAGGUCAUUUCUGACCCCAAGCUGAUAAGGAUGAACUAUCUGAAAACUUGGUUUGUGAUCGAUUUAUUGUCUUGUUUACCUUAUGACAUCAUCAAUGCCUUUGAAAAUGUGGAUGAGGGAAUCAGCAGUCUCUUCAGUUCUUUAAAAGUGGUGCGUCUCUUGCGACUGGGCCGCGUUGCUAGGAAAUUGGACCAUUACCUAGAAUAUGGAGCAGCGGUCCUUGUGCUUCUGGUAUGUGUGUUUGGACUAGUUGCCCACUGGCUGGCCUGCAUAUGGUACAGCAUUGGGGACUAUGAAGUCAUCGAUGAAGUCACGAACACCAUCCAAAUAGACAGUUGGCUCUACCAGCUGGCCUUGAGCAUUGGGACUCCAUAUCGAUACAAUGCCAGUGCAGGAAUAUGGGAAGGAGGACCCAGCAAGGAUUCACUGUAUGUGUCCUCUCUCUACUUUACCAUGACAAGCCUUACAACCAUAGGAUUUGGAAACAUAGCUCCUACCACAGAUGUGGAAAAGAUGUUUUCCGUGGCCAUGAUGAUGGUUGGCUCUCUUCUUUAUGCAACUAUUUUUGGAAAUGUUACCACAAUUUUCCAGCAAAUGUAUGCCAAUACCAACCGAUACCAUGAGAUGCUGAAUAAUGUACGGGACUUUCUGAAACUCUAUCAGGUCCCCAAAGGCCUUAGUGAACGAGUCAUGGAUUAUAUUGUCUCAACAUGGUCCAUGUCAAAAGGCAUCGACACAGAGAAGGUCCUCUCCAUCUGCCCCAAGGACAUGAGAGCUGAUAUCUGUGUUCAUCUAAACCGAAAGGUUUUUAAUGAACAUCCUGCUUUUCGAUUGGCCAGUGAUGGAUGUCUGCGCGCCUUGGCAGUAGAGUUCCAAACUAUUCACUGUGCACCUGGGGACCUCAUUUACCAUGCUGGAGAAAGUGUGGAUGCCCUCUGCUUUGUGGUAUCAGGAUCCUUGGAAGUCAUCCAGGAUGAUGAGGUGGUGGCUAUUUUAGGGAAAGGCGAUGUAUUUGGAGACAUCUUCUGGAAGGAAACCACCCUUGCUCACGCCUGUGCCAAUGUCCGGGCACUGACGUAUUGUGACCUUCACAUCAUCAAGCGAGAAGCUUUGCUUAAAGUCCUGGAUUUUUAUACUGCUUUUGCAAACUCGUUCUCAAGGAAUCUCACUCUUACUUGCAAUCUAAGGAAACGGAUCAUUUUCCGUAAGAUUAGUGAUGUGAAGAAAGAGGAGGAGGAGCGCCUCAGGCAGAAGAACGAGGUCACCCUCAGCAUCCCCGUGGACCACCCAGUCAGAAAGCUCUUCCAGAAGUUCAAGCAGCAGAAGGAGCUGCGGAAUCAGGGGUCCACACAGAGCGACCCCGAGCGGAACCAGCUUCAGGUGGAGAGCCGCUCCUUACAGAACGGAGCUUCCAUUACCGGUACCAGUGUGGUCACCGUGUCACAGAUCACACCCAUUCAGACAUCUCUGGCUUACGUGAAAACCAGUGAGUCUCUCAAGCAAAACAACCGCGAUGCCAUGGAACUCAAGCCCAAUGGCAGUGCUGACCCCAAAUGUCUCAAAGUCAACAGCCCGAUAAGAAUGAAGAACGGAAAUGGGAAAGGGUGGCUGCGACUCAAGAAUAACAUGGGAGCCCAUGAGGAGAAAAAAGAAGACUGGAAUAAUGUCACUAAAGCUGAGUCCAUGGGGCUAUUGUCAGAGGACACCAAGGGCAGCGACUCAGAGAACAGUGUGACCAAAAACCCAUUAAGGAAGACUGAUUCUUGCGACAGUGGAAUUACAAAAAGUGACCUUCGUUUGGAUAAGGCUGGUGAGGCACGAAGCCCUCUAGAGCACAGCCCCAUUCAGGCUGAUGCCAAGCAUCCCUUUUAUCCCAUCCCGGAGCAGGCCUUACAGACCACACUGCAGGAAGUAAAGCACGAACUCAAAGAAGACAUUCAGCUGCUAAGCUGCAGAAUGACUGCCCUGGAGAAGCAGGUGGCAGAAAUUUUAAAAAUACUCUCAGAGAAAAGUGUGCCCCAGACCUCUUCUCCCAAACCCCAGAUGCCUCUCCAAGUACCUCCCCAAAUACCAUGUCAGGAUAUUUUUAGUGUUUCAAGGCCUGAAUCACCUGAAUCUGACAAAGAUGAAAUCCACUUUUAAUAUAUAUAUACACAUAUAUAUUUGUUAAUAUAUUAAAAACAGUAUAUACAUCUAUAUACAUAAGUGUGUAUAUACAGUAUAUACAUAUAUAUAUUUUCACUUUCAAUAUGAUGAACACAAUAUGGAUUUUGAUAUGUAAAUAUUGCAUGUCCAGCUGGAUUCUGGCCUGCCAAAGAUGAUUAUUAAGCAUAGAUAUUGCUUGUAUAUUAUGCAGUUGACUGCAUGCACACUUUACUUUUAUUUAUUAUCUCUAUUCUGUAAUUUUUUUAAAAAGUAUGAUUUUUGUUAAUCAAGGCAAUGUAAUAUUUGAAGAAUCAGGGUCCAACCUGCCAAUGUUGCCAUGACAAAUUUGAUCUCAGGCUGAGUAGAUCGAGCUGUCAUUUCCUCACUGUUCUAUUAAGUUAAAAUUAUAGAUUAAUGCCAAGGAAGAGUUCAACCUUGUAAACUGUUCAUACCAUUUUAUGAUCUCUUUCCAUAGGAUAUUUUUCCAUAGCAUUAGGUUAAUUUUCCCCAGCAGGCAGUGUUUUCUCCAUUUAAAUGUUUGGUUGCCUAAGUCAGAUAGCAGUGUGGGAAAUUGAAAACUUACUGCUAUGAGUUUUGUGCAUGAAUUGCAUUUUUGCUCAACUAUACCUCUUCUUUUUCAACAUUAUACUUAGAUAAUGAUCAUUAACUCCUAUGUAAGGAAAUUCCUAUGCCCUCCAUCUUGGAGAACAGCUGCCAUCUUAUAAGCUGAUUUUAUCAACUCUAUAAGUACUGAACCAUUAAUAUAGUGUAUAUUAUUAUAGAAAUACUACACCACAGGGUAAAAGGGCCUUUUAACAGUUCAUGUUAGACGUGCUGAUUUUCCAAAGGUGAUGAAUGUUCUAAAUUCGUGUUUCUAAAACUUGUUCAGGGGUGAAGUUAAAAGGCUCUUAGCAAAGAAACAAACAAAAAAUAUUUAAUCAUAUCAAAAAUUUAACUAUAAUGAUAUAAAACAAACAAAGAAUGUAAACAGACAAGUUUUUGUAGCAUAUCUGUAAUGUAGAAAGAAUGAAACAUAGGUAUGGAAUUGUUCACACAUGAUUCUUACUGUGUACUGAUAACACAUGAAAUAUGGUUAAAAACAACUAAGAAGUAGAUGUUAAGUUGCUCAACUCAGAUAACUGCUUUUCUAUAAUUUUAUUCUGGUUACAAUUUUCUAAAGCUUUUUUGCACAUAGUUCUACUGCUGGACUUCUGCUGAGUUAGUACAAUUGACUACUGUGGCUCAGGCAGAUCCACUUACGAAAGGGGGGGUACUAGAGACUGAACUUCAGAGUCUUUGGGUCAUAAAUCCUCUUAGAAAGUGCCUAUUAUCAACUUAAAAAAAGUCACAAAGAGUUGUGUAUAGCUAGUCCCUUAAAUGAUAUAUAUUGAGAAUAAAAUACAUGUUCAUUUGUGAGAACCCAGAAUAAUUUAUUUCUUUUGACUAAAGUAUAUUUUUAAAAAUCGAUUCAAGAGACAUACUUUUAAACUGGUGCACACAUGACAUUUAACAGUGGGAGCAGGGCAGUUAAUGUUUGCAUCAAGUUGAAAAUACAUACUAGUAAUUUGUACUUUAUCAGACCAUCCGUACACAUAGGUUAACAGCAUAUACCAAGGUGACAACAAAAUCAAAGGAGAUAUUUUGAUCUAUUGUACCCAUUUUUAUGAACUUUUCUGUCUCCCGGCAUCCCCAAACAAAACCACCAGAACCGAAAGAUAAGUUAUCACAAUAAGAUGAGAAUUGCAAAACAAAGUAAUUUAUAAAAACAGUUAAUAUUUUAGAAUUUCUAUUAGAACAUCUUCACAUGCCCACAAGAUGUGCCUCUUUAAUCCAGGAGUCUCAGAACAGAAGUUACGUGCCAUGGGUUCCAUUUUCCUUCCUUUGUGCCCAUAACUUCCAUUACCCAUAAUGGAAGUUUUCAGGGGAGCAUGUCUCCAUGCUAUGCUACAAUACCUACCUACCAUAGACAGCCCCCCCGCUCCCGCCCGCCAAAAAAAAAAAAGAUGAGGUGAUCAUGUGGAAGGUAACAGCUUUGAAAUUGAGACUGUUGCUUUCAUGGUGAGGAUGGUACCUUUCUCUUGACCUCUGACAUUUAUUGAAUUUCAGGGUAUUUUUCUAUUUAACCAUGUGUGAGACAAGCUUGGCUAAGCUUUUUAAAAAAGUGAAUGAGUGGUAAAAAUAAUCUGAGUACAGAAAUGGUCAAUUUAAUUUUAGCCACGUGCUUCAAAAAUAACAGUUGAUGUAAAGCUAUAAGAGAAUAACUGUGAAACAGCCAGACAGUUUGAAGCUGCAAUCCACACCUUUGCAUAUAAGUAGUGCAUAUAUAUAUAUAUGUACUGUGUUCUGACUCAGAAUUUCACCAAAUUGACCUAUAAUAUUAUUAUUUAUAUGUAUAGGAAAGAAACAUGGUUUUGAGUUACCCCAAGUUGUCAUGAAGGAGGGAAAAGUAGCAAUCACUUAUUUAUGGUAUAGUUAUCACAGUAUUCUUUUCCUGCCACCUCUGUUUCUGUGUGCAUGACAUGAUGAGAAGCUGAAUGCACUCUGCUUUUCAGUAAUGCAUGUAUUCAGCAAAUACUGUAUAUAGAAUAGUCUUUUAGGUUCCCAGAUUCCACAGUUUUUACCAGUGGAACUUACUCAGAUUUAAAUGAAGGGUGAGCACUUGCUUUAAUAUGUGCAGUAAUGAUACAAUCAUGCUCUGUGUUGGCUCAGCCAGCAUAAACAGUAGAUUCUCUUUGGGGGGGACCAGAUGACUGCAUGUUUUAUUCUUACACUGUAUAGAUGCUCUUGGUGCAUCCAAAAUAAAAAUUUUACUAUUAUAUUUCUGAACAAUGUACUAAUAGGAGCAAAUAGAUAUGUAUUUAAAAUCCAAAAAUUUUCCAAAGCAACUUACAUACCUUCAGUAUUUUUCUAUGAUAAUAUCAGAUGCUGUGCCCUGGACAGGUGGUUGUAACAUAAUAGCAAAAGUCAAACAAAAGUGGAAAUGUGAGCUGUGCAUCAUAAUGGCAAGUUUUAUCAGUCUGCUUUAGGAUAUUAUAGCACUAAAGGUAAUCUAGUAGAUAGAGGAACUAAUGAUGAGAGGCAAAUAGGUACACAAAAGGCACAUGAAAAUACCAAAGUCACUAGUGUCCCACAUUGAUAUAAAUAGUAUGUAGAAUAGUUCAGACACAGACAUUGAAUAGAGAUACAGACUUUAUUGUUAAAAUGGUAAGAUUUUAUUAUUGAUCCUGGUUUCAUCACACCAUUAAAUAUAGAAAUACAAAUGUCCAAAAUAUUCAGUUAAAAAAUCUGUAUAGACCAGAGCAAGAGAAUUAGAAAAUUUAGAGUUUUAAAUUGCUCCUAAGAACACGUAUGUGCUCCUGGAGUACCCAGCUCUUUAACGGGAAUAUUAAUGGUGACCACUAACGAACGUGCCGUAUUGAAAAGUAAUCUUAUUGGAGCCCAAAUGAAAUCACAGCUUCCCUUAAAUUUAAAGAGAUUUUGUUUACUUCUGAGAUCUGGCCCAUUUGUUGUUCUAUUUUAAAUAAUUAAAUUCUUUCUUUUAGAAACAUUUUUUUUUAAAUUAGUCCUCAGAGCAAUGACUGUUUUUGAAGUGUGCACUGGCUGGUACUGGUGAAAUUAUUUGUCAUAUUCCUAAUGAAUUCUACUAUCUUGUAUAAUUUUUAUCUUUUAAACUAUUUUAUCUGUCUCUUUUCCAAAAUUUUAUGUAGGUAAUGAGAAAAUUUGUCUAGAAUGUACAUACAUACAUGGAUAACUUUAAUUAUGAAUAUUUUGUAAUUAUGUGAAUGUUGUGUUUUAAUACUUUGUUACGAAUAAGAAUAUUUCUCUUGUGGUCUUAAAGGAAAGGGGCAGAAGGAAAAACAGUCUUUUGGAAAACACCCUCACAUGAAUAUCUGAGCUCCACCUCAGAUUCUAAAUCUUUGUCACAAUCGCAGUGUAACUUUGGGCAGGUUAACUGCUUUUUUGUGUGUUUGGAGCUUUAAUUUCCUCACUAAUAAAUGAUAAAAUAAAGAA